CCUCUGCCCGGAAAGUUCAUGUGCACGGGAAGAUGUUUUUCCACGCGCCAAUUCUUCCCCCAUGAGUUUUAGUGGAGGAGGAUGCAGUCUAUAUAAGUAGCCCAAACUGUUGAACAGAGCAACCGGAGCGCGCGACAGCUGGAGCGAUGACUGUUGGAUCAUCAUCCCCCAUAGUCAGAAGGGUCUCACCUUCUAAGUCUAAAUUUUCCAAAUUUAAAGUAAACCUACCAUUUUUCAAAAGGAAUACCCAUGUUCAGGAUGACAUCAAGUCUGAAGAGGUUCUGUUAACUUUUCAGGAGAACCUACAGCAGCAUCACUUGGCAAUGGCAGGGCAGCAGCUGAUAUAUCGAGAGGAGCAUUUAUUUGCACUGAAACAAACAGGGGUGGGAUACAGCAAGACCAUAUUGGAGGAAGAUGAGAAGGAAAAACUGAUUAAAGACUCUGAAGACUUUAUAAAGAAAGUUAUGUCAACAGUUGAGAAAUCUUUUGAUAUUCAAACUAACGAAGAGAAAGAAUUUCUAAAAGAGGCAGUCCUAGCCAUAUACCAAGAGGAAGAACAGGACAGGAGAUGGGAAGGUGUCGAGAAAAAUGAACGUCCUCCAUGGAGGCCGAGGUGUUGCAGACUGGCCCAUGACCACCUGCUUCAGAAUAUGGUUACACAGCGGAUGGAGCAGGCAAAGCUAGAUUCAAAUGUUAACAUUAAGUCUUCAGUUCAAUUGGAGAUCACUGCCAAGGGUAAACAACUAAAGGAAGACCUGCUACAAAUUGCAAAGAAUGUGACGAGCUGCUACCCAAAAGAGAAUGUGUGCCAACUGUAUGCCAAAAUAUACCAUCAGGUUUUUAGGGACAAGCUCAGAGAAGUUGCUGACUAUGGACUUGCUGAUGAUGACUGCUUACAUAUACUUCAGUGGGUGAACAUUCUUUACCCCGAGAUUCUGAGGCAUGAAGAGCUCUCUGGGGUGAUUGAAUAUGAACAUCUUGAGGCACUGCUCCCUGGUGAUAUCCUUGAACUGUUGGAAGAGCAGUUUUUGACCAAUAAAGAGAAUGAGCUGCAGACAUGGUGUCAAAAGGCCUUGAGCAGUGAGAAGAAUGCUAAUCCUGAACUGAUGGAUGAUUGCUACUUAAGCCACCUGGCUAUUGAUGUGAUUCAGUGUGUCAAUGCUCUUCUAACCUCAUCAAAGUGUGUGCUGGGCUCUUGGUCAAAAACUCAGAGAAUCACACACCAGUUAAAACAAUUCCUUAUUAAUUACCAGCAUUUCCUUGAGAAAGUGAUUGAGGAUAAUCGGGUGAAUGCUGAUGCUGUAUUGAAGGCCAACCUGCCCUGUAUCAGAGAUCUCAGGAAUUACAUAAUGAUGAAUCCAGAUCCCUUCCCUCAACACAUCAAGAAUGACUAUAUAGAUCUGCUCACCAGGAUAAGAGACACAUGCCACAGUUAUUUCACCAAACGGAUCCAUAAAGCUCUCAAGGGGACAUACUCCAAACUGGGUACCCAAGAAUGGAUAAAACACAAUGAACAUGUGUGUAGUGAAUUGCUUGAUGGGGUGCAUAGACACAUUCAGGAAAUCAGAAAUCUACAUGAAGCAUGCGUUAAGGAAUUGGUCAGCAAGCUCCAUGAAGAAGUGUUGGCUGAGUAUGUGAGGAAAAUGAUGAAGAAGAAGAUCAAACUUAAAGAUGAGAAGAAACAACACCAAGCAGCUGAAGCAUUACGCAAAAAUAGUCAGAAAAUACACGCUCUGUUUACUGAGGCUGGGUCAGACAUGGAGGGCCUGGAAGACAUCCUGCCCAAACUAGCUGAACUGCUGACACUAAAUGAUCCACAGUGCAUUGAACUCCAAUUGGUCACUCUGUCUAACAUUUACCCAGACCUCAGUGAAGCCCAUGUCUCUGCCUGGCUACACCUCAAGGCAAACCUCUCUCCCUCAGACUUCAAAAAAAUUAAGAAGACCUUUUCUAUGUAUCAUGCUCAGACCUCAGAAACCACUGUAGGUGGCCAGGACCCCCUUCCUUCAAGCAGGAAUUUCUUCUCCAAAGUAGCCAUUAAGUAAUCCUUUGCAAUACUGUAAAAUACCAAAUGUUUCUAAUUCUCAUGCUGUAUGUUGUAUUUAUAAUGUUUUAUGCAGUGCCCUGUGCAAUGUGAAAUGAUUAAGCUAUUGUAAUUAUUUUAAAGAAUUGUAAGUAGGUGUCAGUACGCAUGUUACUGUAUGUUUUCAUGUUUUUAUCUGAUGUGUCUUGUUGAGUGGGGCAUUAGUACAGGCCCUCUGUAAAGUCCAAAAUGUAGUAAUGAUUAUUAAGAGACUUUCCUGCCAUCCGUAACAUGGAAAGUAACAGUAAUAUACUUUCUAUUUAGUAUGUGUAAACAUUCUCUUCCUGUUUUACUGCGGUGCGUAAUGACACUUUCUACUGUGCUGAACAAUGAAGUUACUAGACAUUGAUUCUUGGCUUAACACUUGUUCUGGUAUGUGACCAGUAUUCAGUGGGAAUAGCCUCAGACCUCAGAGAAUUACUAUAAGAUACAGGAUAUGAGUUUUCCUUUACAAAUAAACCAGGCUUAGUUACAGCUAUUAUGAAUUAAACAAUAACAUCCUUAUCCUUUCCUGUCUGAUUGUGGGUGCUCAUUAAAUAGAGGAAAUGGGGAAGUUUCUUUGUUUUAGUGUUUGUAUGUCUAUAUCUGAAGUUUGAUUCCCAAAAUGGUACACUAUGGUGACCAGUUCUGAGAAAUUCAAAAAUAAAUAAAUGCAUUAUUCACUGAAUAAAUGCUUUUUUUAUGUUUUA